AUGGAUAAUACUAUUAUAUUACCAAAUAAGGCAGUUCGAAAAUCUAGAUAUCGUAAAGGGUAUAUAAAGAAACAAGCUAAAAAUAUUGAUCGAAAAGAACAUGAAAAUAAUAAAAAUGUGUCUUUUAAUCAAAUAGAUUAUGUUGGGGUUACUUAUGAAAAUUACAAUAGGAAAUCAUACAAGAAGAAUAAGGAAGUUGAUAAAGUAUGGUUUAGUGGAAGAACUAAAGCGAAUACUAAAUUUAAUAAAUUUUUGGUUGAAGGUAAUGGUAUGAAUGUUAAUAUUGUUUUUGAGGAUGAAAUAGAAACCAAAAAGGACACUGAAAAUCAAACAGAAAAUGGUGAUAAAUCAGUAUCAGCCGAAGAACCCCCAGUAGAACCUUCUGAUGAUUUACCAAAGAAAAAGAAGAAAAAAAAGACAGAUAUGUUAGAAUUUGAGAAACAAUUAAAGGAAGGUGAAGAAAACGAAAAUCGGCAAGAAGAUGAAAUAUUUGUUGUGGAAGGUGAACAAGAUACCAAAGAAAUUAAGAUUGAAGAAACCUGGCUCAGUUCAGAUCGAGAUUAUACAUAUCAAGAACUUUUGGGAAGAGUCUUCCAAAUCCUUCGGCAAAAUAACCCUGAACUUGCCGGUGAAAAGAAGAGAUACACGAUCGUACCACCAUCAGUUCACCGUGAAGGAAACAAAAAGACGAUAUUUGCAAACGUUGCGGACAUUUGUAAGAGGAUGCACAGACAACCUGAACACGUAAUUCAAUUCUUAUUUACUGAAUUGGGUACAAGUGGUUCGAUCGAUGGUUCACAACGUCUAGUCAUCAAAGGUCGCUUUCAACAAAAACAGAUUGAAAACGUAUUGCGUCGAUAUAUAGUUGAAUAUGUUACUUGUAAGACCUGCAAGUCUCCUGAUACAAUCCUUACCAAAGAAAAUCGUAUUUUCUUUCAGCAGUGUGAAAGUUGUGGAUCAACGAGAUCAGUUUCAGCAAUUAAGUCAGCAUCAAUUUCAUCGAUACUUUCUUUUAAUAAAUUUGAAGCCUGCCUACAGUUUAAUCCAAAAAUUGGUGAGGUUGAAAGGAAUCAAAACUUCGCAUCUAGCAUACUGGAGAAAUAUCAACCGGGAGAUAUAGAUAUUUUGAUUCUUCCCGAAUUGGCCUUCACCGGUUAUGUUUUUAAUGAUAAGGAUCAUAUUAAACCGUACUUGGAAGACUCGGAGACAGGAACUUCUGUUAAAUGGGCCAAAGCGCAAUCUAUUAGAUUACGUGCAUUCACCGUAGUUGGAUAUCCGCAAAUCGUAAAAGGAAAUCCAGAUAAAUGCUAUAAUAGCUUGUGUUUUGUUAACCCUUAUGGCGAGCUUAUCGAAACGUAUCAAAAAACUCAUUUGUACGAAACAGACGAAAGUUGGGCCGAAGAAGGUCCUGGAUUUAAGUCAAUAAACGUCCCCGGCCUGGGAAAGAUCGGUUUCGGCAUAUGCAUGGAUCUCAAUCCGUAUCAAUUCAAAGCUAGCUUUACAAAAUAUGAAUUCGCUCGUUAUCAUAUUCAACAUCAAACAGAAAUUAUAUUAUGUCCAAUGGCCUGGAUUAGAUCCGAAUAUAGUCAACAAAUAAAUGUCGAUAAGCCGGAAUAUAGAACCGUAAAUUACUGGUGUAAUCGAUUAUCACCCUACUCAACAAAUUCAGGACCUAAACGUAAUACGCUAUUCGUUGCGUGCAAUCGUACAGGAACAGAGAAUGGUAUUUGUUUUGCGGGAAGUAGUAGCGUUCUACUAUUAUCCUCCGAGCACCCAAUUGUGUUGGAUUCGUUGAAAUCUAAUGAAGAAGCUGUUAUGGUGGUUGACGUGCCACGCUUGUAA